AUGGCCGACUUCAGCUACUCCGAUGAUCUCGAGCUUCAAAAGCUGAACGAGCAAGUGCUCGCAGAGCCUGAAGAGUUUGAGAACUGGGAGAAGCUCGUGCGCGCCGCCGAACUCCAAGAAGGUGGUCUUCAUCGCAAUUCGAGUCCACAAGCCAUCGCGACCACUCGAGACGCCUACGAUCGAUUCCUCGCCCGCUUUCCACUCUUCUUCGGCUACUGGAAGAAAUAUGCCGAUCUGGAGUUCUCAAUCGGCGGCACAGAGGCUGCGGAGAUGGUCUAUGAGCGCGGAGUCGCCAGCAUCGGCAUCUCGGUCGACCUCUGGGCCAACUACUGUGCCUUCAAGGUUGAAACCAGCCACGAUGCAGAUGUGAUCAGAGAGUUAUUCGAGCGAGCUGCAGACAGCGUGGGACUAGACUUCCUCGCACACCCGUUCUGGGACAAGUACCUCGAAUUUGAGGAGCGACUUGACGCUCACGAUAACAUCUUCGCCAUCCUCGAUCGAAUCAUCCACAUCCCGCUCCAUCAGUAUGCUCGAUACUUUGAACGAUAUCGCGUCAUGGCCGCACAGCGACCCGUCGCCGAACUCGCCCCGGAAAAUGUCAUCACACAGUUCCGAAACGAAAUUGCUCGAGAAGGAAAUCAGAAACAGAAGGGUGCUUCCGACAGUGAGCGAGAACUUCGUGCACGCAUUGAUGCAUUCCACAUGGAAUCAUUCAAUCAAACUCAGGCCGAGACCACAAAGCGAUGGACGUACGAGCAGGAAAUCAAGCGGCCUUACUACCACGUCACUGAGCUGGAUGAACCGCAACUCGCAAAUUGGGACAAGUAUCUGGAUUUUGAGGAAGUCGAGGGCGACUACACGCGGACCAAAUUCCUAUACGAGAGGUGCCUCGUGACAUGCGCCAACUACGACCAAUUCUGGUACCGUUACGCGAGAUGGACGUUGGGCCAGACCGAGAAGCCUAAAGAGGUUCGCAAUGAAGAAGCACGCAUCAUCUUCAAUCGUGCGAGCUCCGUCUACGUACCCAUAUCUCGGCCGGAUAUCCGCCUCAGCUAUGCGCGUUUCGAAGAGUCGCUAGGCAAGGCUGACACAGCAAUCGCGAUUCAUGAGUCGAUCUUGUUGAAUGUGCCAGGUCAUCUCGAGACUAUACUCUCAUUGGUCAACGUUCACCGACGUCAGUACGGUAUCGACGCUGCCACAAGCGUGCUGGGCACCUUCAUCGAGAACCAAGAGUACAGCUCGUACACGCGCGGUGCUCUGGUCGCAGAGCUUGCGCGCUUGACUUGGAAGGUCAAGGGUGAUGCUGAUGAGGCCCGCAAGAUCUUCUCCUCCCACCAGCAAGCCUUUCUCGAUUGCAGAAAAUUCUGGGUCGACUACUUCGAGUUUGAGAGAGAUCAGCCUACCUCACAGCAAGAUGAGUCCGUGCGGCACCAGCGCAUCAAGGAAGUAUACGAUGACAUUCGCAGCAAGUCUCAUCUUUCUCCGAGCACGAUCCGCGAUCUGUCUGGAUACUACUUCGACUACCUGCUGGAACGGGGCGGCAAGGAUGCCAUGGAGGAGUUCGUGGCUCUGGACAAGGAGAUCAAUGGGCCGUUUAGCGUUGCAAGUGCGCAGAAGUCCAACGCCGCGCCACCCACUGCAAGUCCAGCACUUCCACCACCUGCUGCUUACGAAGUCUCACCUCCGACUUCAUCUCUAUUCUACUACUUGCAGAUGCAAUCUUGGGGUUCCAUUGCACACUGA